CCGCUGCUGCAGCAGGUUGUGUACCUUUUUCGGCUAGAAUUUCGCUAAACUAGGCUAUAUUAUUUAACCAUCGUUUUAAUCGCACAACAGUCAGUACCUGUGCGUGUGUGUGUUCUGUGAUGUGAAACUGAGUGCAAUUCGAAAUCGAUCACCCUGUCCCAGAAAAAGUGAGGUUUUCUCCGUUCAACCUUUCCCGUCAAAAUGAAGGACGACAUCGUUUAUCUGGUCCUGCUGGGCCUGUGCAUCGGGUUCGGUCACUUCUACCGGAAGUUUAAGGAUCCCGAGGAGAAGAAGCUGCUCGGAACAUGUCUUGGGAUUCUGGUGAUGGUAUCCGUGUCCGGACUUCACACCGUGCACAUGCUGUUCUGCUAUCUGGUGGCCAGCCUUAUCAUUGUCUAUGCUAAUCGCAAGACAUGCCAUCUGGUCACGUUUGGAUUUAUGUUUGGGUACUUAUUCCUGUUCCGGUCAGUUACUUAUCUGGGUUUCGAUGCCCCACCAGGUCACACCAACAUGAUACAGAUGAUUCUCACCCUGAAGCUGGUAGGACUGGCGUUCGAGGUCAACGCGGCCUACACCAAAUCCCUGGGCGACGGAGCUGCCAAAAAAGACGACGACACGAAAACCCUGGCUGAACCGCUAAGCGAAAACGAGAAAGCGCUCUUGAAACUCGACCUGCAGAAUGUCUUCCAUUACUGCUUCAACUACGUUGGCAUACUCACGGGCCCUUACUUUACGUACAAAACCUACCGCGAUGCCCUGUACCUGCCGUUUAGCUCAAAAGCCGACUGUAUUGGAGCUACUGUCGAAAAGCUAAAGGUUAUCCCCCUCUACGCCGGAUUAUUCCUGCUAAUCUCCUACGUUUGGCCGUUGAACUACGCCACAUCGGCGGAGUUCUACGAGGAGCGUUCGUUCUUCUACCGCCUCAUGUACGUGUGGCCGACGUUCUUCAUCUUCCGUAUGCGCAUCUACACCGGCAUACUGCUUAGCGAGUGCGUUUGCACGAUGGCCGGAUUCGGGGCGUACCCGAAGCUGUGCGCCAACAAAAGCGGUCACGGACCGAGCAAGGAUUGCAGCGCCAUGAUCGGAAACCCGGACGAGCACGAGUACGACUUUGAAACGGUGCGCAACAUCGACGUCAUCAACACGGAACGGUGCUGGACGUUCCGGGAGGCGAUGCGCUACUGGAACACCUGCGUCCAGUACUGGAUGGCCAUGUACGUGUACAAACGGUUCCCGAGUAAGAAGUACCGCACACUCGCUACGCUGGCCGUUUCCGCCAUCUGGCAUGGCGUUUACGCCGGUUAUUACUUCUGCAUCUGUGCCGCGCCCUUCUACCUUCCCAUCGAAGAUCUGUACGUGAAGCUGUUUAUCAAAAAUGCAACCGGAACGAAGCUCAAAGUGCUCAACGUCAUCUGCUGGAUCUCCAAGUUCUUUGCCUUUUCCUACAUGGGCAUCGCCUUUCUACUGCUGACGAUCGAGAAAAUCUGGUUCUAUUACAACUCGGUGUACCAUUUCGGGUACAUCUUCUGGAUUGUGCUGUACGGCGUAGGCGUGCUCAUUGCCAAGGACAGAAAAGCCAAGGCCAAACGGGCGGAGAGGCUGGCGGCGGCGGCAGCAACAGGGGCGGAAGUGGCUGGCCAGUAGAUUAAUAAGAAACGGCACGAAAAUUGUAACGAAUUGUACAACACCAGCAUGCAUCUAGAUCAAGUUUGUUCGAACGAAUUCAACCGCAGAGAUAUUUUUUUUUGAUAACCGUAGUUCAAUGUUUUCGGGUAAUAAUAGCGAGUAGGUGCAACAUUUUGCAAUAGCUGACUUUUAGACUCAUAAACAUUGCUGUUUGUCGAAUAAAAAGUUUGAAAGUUAUGCAAAAAUAAAAGAAAGUUUUAAGCUCA